GUGUUCUUAAUGUUUUGUCCACUCAGUGUACUGUGUAUUAACACACACACAUCAGCUGAUGGCCAGAUUGUGCAACAGGAUAACAUUCAUGAGAGGGUGUUGUGGACUGCAGGAUCCUGGGGGGGACCAGACUGUCUUUCCUCUGAAUGGCAUGACCGGAAACAAAAGCAGAAGGGAGAGAGAGAGAGGAGAGAGAGGAGAGAACAUCUCCACACAUUUUGUCACUUUGCUCUAGUGUCAGAUCAGAUUGACAGUGAUUUAAAGAGGGAGAGAGAAGGGUAUUUUCAUGCAUUUCUCUGUCUUGAAGAGCCCAAACCCCUGCAUUCCAAGUAGAGUAUCUAACGAAUCCAACCUGCCGAGAGAGAAGAAGUCACGGUCCUCCAGGAUCCUCUAUCAGGACCCGUCAGUCUCAAUCUCCCCCUGGUCUACUCAGCCCUAGAUAUGGACAGCACAACAGGAUUCUCCCUGACCCCUGUCAAUCACAACCACACCAACAGCAGCUGUUCCCGUGACAACGUGCUGAAGACUGUGGUGUUUCCUGUUCUCUACUCCCUCCUCUUCCUGUUGGGCCUGUCCCUCAACGGCCUGGCAGUGUGGGUGUUCUUCAGCAUCCCCAGCCGCUCCCACUUCAUCAUCUACCUCAAGAACAUCGUGGUGGCCGACGUCCUCAUGACCCUCACCUUCCCCUUCAAGGUGCUGUCUGACUCCAACAUGGCGUCCGUGGGUCUGCGUGUCUUCGUCUGUCGUGUCUCCUCUGUGCUCUUCUAUCUCACCAUGUACAUCAGCAUCCUGUUCUUUGGCCUCAUCAGCAUCGACCGCUGCAGGAAGACCCUCCAGCCAUUCAAGGGGACCAACGCGGCUCAUCUGUCCCACAGGAAACUGCUCUCUGGGGUUAUCUGGUGCUCCCUGCUGGCCCUCUCCCUGCCCAACAUGGUCCUGACCAGCCGCAGCCCCACCUCAGUCUACUUCAAAUGCAGUGAUCUGAAGACGGCGGCUGGGCUGCAUUGGCAUGAGGUGGUCAACCAUGUGUGCCAGGUCAUCUUCUGGGGCAACCUGGUGACGGUGAUAGUGUGUUAUGCCCUCAUCACCAAAGAGCUGUAUAGUUCCUACGCCCGCGCCAGCGCUUACCGUGCUGGUGGAGCCAGCAGAGCUGGUACUGGUAAAGGGCAGCGCCAGCCCCAGAGAAAGACUGUGAGUUCAAACGUCUUCCUGGUGCUGGCUGUGUUCUUUGUGUGCUUCGUGCCGUUCCACUUCUCCCGCGUACCGUACACCAUGAGCCAGACCCGGGGACGCAUGUUUGACUGUAACCUCAAGCUGUUCUUCUUCCAAUUAAAGGAGAGUACACUCUGGCUGUCCUCCCUCAACUCCCUCCUGGACCCUCUCAUCUACUUCUUCCUCUGUAAGUCCUUCAGGACCACCCUGUUCAAGACGCUCCGUCUCCCACCUGGGACCUGUAGCUGGCUCACUGGGAGAGGGCCGGACCCCAACACAGGCAGUACCCCUCUGGGAGACUCCUCUGCUUGUCUGUAGCGAACUAAAGCUCUCUUCUGAAGGACUUCCAUGUAUUGUGGUCUGAUGAAUGUUUCACAGAGGAUCAUACUGCCCUCUACUGGAAGGCUGACGGAAACAUCAACUGUGUGUUGAUUGUAGCUCUGUCUGGGCAAUGGAAAGAGUAGAGUAGGAAACUCUGCACAGACCAGUGAUAAUUACAAUAAUAUACAAACCAGUCUGUAACACCAGUCUGUAACACCAGUCUGUAACAUGUUGUAGAAUGUCAUAUCCCCCUCUAAAUGUCACCAUAACCUCAUGCCAAAGGAAAUCACCUAAUCACCAUGUCUGUCUCAUAACAGCUUAGUUCCCCAUACUGGCAUUCUGCUUUGACCUCGUUAUUUUUUAGGCUUCAGGAACUGAAAUAAGAGAUAUGUAAUUAUGUGUAACCAUGGCACAACACGUAUGCCUAUAAUGGACAGCAAGACGUCCUAUACUACAUAAACUUGUGAAAUCUAAAUAUCUAAAUUUUCUCUCCCAUUCGUUGAUCCAUGUCUUUAACCAUUCUUCAACAAAACAAUAUGAUACUGAGGGAAAAAUCCCCUGAUUUCUCUGAUGCAUUGAAAGCCAGAUGUUCUGUAUGUGUAGACAGACAGUAUACAACCUUUUAACAGUUGGCCUAAGGGCAGGUGGGAGGCUCCUACUUACUGCUGUACAGUGACCACAGAGGAACCUAGAAAAACAAGCUGUGAGUGGCCGGAGGCUUUCCGUGGAAGUGAGCAAGAUGUGAAACAACACCAGUAAAAACCACACUGCGAAAGAGGGCUGAAAGUUAAUGUGAAAAUAAUAGUUUAUGUGAAAGAAAUGGUGUGUGUGCAUAGUGUAAGAGCAUGAGAGAGAGAAACAUGGGAUCAACACGUCUGAUCUUUUAAAUAAUAAUUAAUUCCAGGAUAAAAAAUGUUUUAAAAAAACACCAACCUCCCUGUGAAAAUAUAACUAACAUACAUAACCUCCCUAACCUGCCGAAUCCAGGUCACUGGUAGGAGAAAUACCAUCUGCAUGGGCAGAUGCUAACAGCAGCAGUUCCAUCAGUCUCAUCAUAUGGCUCAGGUGGUAGAACAUGGCUCUUGCAAUACCAGAAUUGUGGGUUUGAUUCCUGGGUCACCCACACACAAAAUAUAUGCAUGCAUGACUGUCAGUAACUUUGGAUAAAAUCAUCUGUGAAAUUGCAUGAUAUUGUUAUAUUAUAAGAAGUUUGACAAACAAGGGCGGCUUUUUUUUCAGUUGUGGUCAAAAAAGCCAAAGAUAUUGAUAACUAACCCUGUGCGUGAGCUCUUAUUUUACCACUUCCCCAUCUUCAGGAAGUGUAUUAGGUGACGUAACAAACGCAGGCCCAAUAUAUCGCAGUAACAUAUCUCACAUGAAAGACAUCGUAGUGACUUUCCUCCAAGAUGUUUUUUCUCAACUUCACCGGUGAGUUUCUUUAUUUAUUUAUAAUAACACAUCAUAGACAUUUUUUUCUUAAAUAAUAUUGUUCGUAAAUAUCCCAAAUCUGACAAAAGGUUGCCUUUGAACACAGAAAGAAUAAGCUGUGAAUUUUUUGGGGUGAAUGUUUUUUGUGAACUUUAUGAAUCACAAUCAUUAGACUUUUAUGCUUUCAAUUGUAUUUUGCAAUAACAAUAAACUAUUAAUUCACACAAUGAAAAUGAA